GUGCAAUCAUCUAUUAUUGAGCGAAAGGCCGUGCGUGGAAAUGUGUGUAAGGAGUUGGAUUUGAAGUAGAAUUGGUUACAAUCGAUCAAGGGUGAAGAAUAUUGCUGAUGGUAACAAAAGAAGCAGCCAUGUCUUUCUCUCAGUUUGGAUAUCCUUACAAUGCAACUUCACAGUUUUUCGUGUCGGCAAACCCCAGUACGACUUGCUGCGAUUCGAUUUCCAGGUCGGUCUCUGACGGGACAAGCGGGUCCCAAACUGCCGCGACCUUCUGCUGCCCAUCCUACGAGAACCGACUCUUGGCAAGCACACGGACCGAGCUCAACGCGGCUCUAGGGAUGUACAGUUCGCCCUACGCUGCCGCGGCCGCCGCCAGCCAGAACUAUGCCAACUACUUUCCCUACAGUACCGACCCCUCGGCUAUCUACUCAACGCUGAAUCCACAGUAUGAAAUUAAAGAUGGCUCUGGCACUUUGCACUCUGGAAUAAGCCAGUCUGCAGCCUAUUACCCCUAUGACCAUUCACUGGGCCAAUACCAAUAUGAAAGGUAUGGGACUGUGGACUUUAAUGGGUCAGCCAGGAGGAAGAACGCCACCCGGGAGACCACUAGUACUCUCAAAUCAUGGCUGUACGAGCAUCGUAAGAACCCCUAUCCCACCAAGGGGGAGAAAAUCAUGCUGGCCAUCAUCACCAAAAUGACCCUCACCCAAGUGUCCACCUGGUUCGCCAACGCCAGGAGGCGACUUAAGAAGGAGAACAAGAUGACCUGGUCACCAAAGAAUAAAGCUGGGGAUGAUAGGAAAGAUGACCUGGAUAAGAGUGAUCAAGAAUGUGUUACUAAAGAUUCCAGUGAUUGUAAGGAGGAGAAAGACCUGCAUCUGAGUGACCUGGAGGACAUGGACGAGGAAGACUGUGACAAGCUGGACAGUGACUGUGAGAAGGUGACACCAGAAGAUCAGGAGCUCGACAGAGCCAUGGGAGCAGCUCCUCCAAAGAGAGACUGCAGCUCUGAGAUCCCCCUCCCCAACAGCUUCCAACCUUUCCACUGCAGCAUCAAGAGUGCACCUGGCCUACCAUCUGACUUCCUGGAUCCCAUGGUGUCCAAGCCCCCCUCCUCCUCCUCCUCCAUCUCUGCCCCUGUGGGAAACAUGUCUUUAGCUCAUUUCGGGGUGGCAGACAAGCCCCGGAUAUGGUCCCUGGCCCGUACCGCUGCCACAGGGGUCAUCCUGGGCUCUCACCCUGGCUCUGAGCUGAGAACAGGGAGCACAGCUGGAGACUUCCAGCUCCAGGGCACCAGGCUCACCGGGACUCCUAGCGGACAGUGUGGGGCCCUCAGAGGCCUCCAGGAUCCUACUAGCCAGGUGUCCAACGCAGAGAAUCCUUUCCAGGAAGGCCCAACCUUGCAUUCCAAACUCUACAGCACUGCUGGCAGCUACAGUCACAAAGCUCUUCAACUGCACUGCUCCUCCUACCCAGCACUGUCUGACACAUGCCAGUACUCCACAAUUGAAGGGUUCCCCAGUAGGAAGGCCGAGACAGAACCAUCGGAACUCAGUGACACGUGUGUGACUCUGCUGGAUGACAAGGUCACUGCCUUCAGACCUGUGAUGAAGAGGUUUAUGGAAACUCCAACCUUGAGCAAUGGGACAUUUAUUUAGCCAAUAUUAUGCACUAAGAACAUGGGAUGACAACGAGCGUCCUGACACCUGGGAACUACUUGGC